GUGGGAACCAUCUGCUUUCUUCGGACUGCUAGCCGGCUACAGUGAAAUUAAAGUUAUGAAAGUGUUGCGCAGACAUUGAACCUGAUGCUUGCUGUGCACCAGCGGGUUGCCUCUGCUCCGCUGCUAAAUAUUGGUCACAUGCUGUCUGACAACACCUCUCUGGAUUUGCUGACAGGCGAGUCGUACUUCCUCUUUUACGGGACAGGUCUCAUCUUCACAGAGCCAGCAAAGAAGAUCAUGCGACCUGACUAUCAUGUGCUGAAGUCAGAUCAGUGUGUUGUAAGCUGUGUGUGACAGAAGCAGCAAUGAAGGCUGGAGAGAGGUUUGUGGACAGAGCUGCAGUUACCUGCAUCCUAACGCUGUGUCUCGGCUGUCUGCAUGUGAUCGCCCACAAACAACAACUUUUCUCAAGGCGCGGGGGCUCAAAUUCCUCCACUGAGAGCCCCAUCAGCUAUGAAACACUUUACUUUGACCAAAAGAUUGAUCAUUUUGGUUUCCUAGAGGAUGGCACUUUCAAACAUAGAUACCUUGUGGCAGAUAAACACUGGCAGCAGCCUGGAGGACCCAUUUUGUUUUACACCGGAAAUGAAGGCGACAUCACCUGGUUCUGCAACAAUACUGGAUUCAUGUGGGAAAUUGCGGAGGAGUUGGGCGCCAUGCUGGUUUUUGCAGAACAUCGUUACUAUGGAGAGUCCCUGCCAUUUGGACAAUACUCUUACAGUGAUGGCAAACACCUGAACUACCUGACCUCAGAGCAGGCCCUGGCAGAUUUCGCAGUGCUGAUUCAGAACAUGAAGGGAAGUUUGCCUGCAGCGCAGCAGAGCCCUGUCAUUGCUGUUGGAGGUUCCUAUGGAGGGAUGCUUGCCGCCUGGUUCAGGAUGAAAUACCCCAAUAUAGUUGUUGGAGCUCUGGCAGCCUCCGCACCAAUAUGGCAGUUCCCUGGUAUGGUGGCAUGUGGAGACUUUUACAAAAUAGUCACACAGGACUUUGCCGUGAGUGGGUAUAACUGUGAAGCAAACAUCAAAAAGUCAUGGAAGGCUAUAAACAAUGUCUCUUCCACUGUAUCUGGUCUUCAGUGGCUGUCAGAGGAAUUCAGCUUAUGCACGCCUCUUAAAAACAAGAAUGAUGCGGUGGGCUUCAAGAGCUGGCUUCAGGAGACUUGGGUGAAUCUGGCUAUGGUGGACUAUCCUUACGAAUCUGAUUUCCUGCAGCCUCUUCCUCCCUGGCCAAUCAAGGUGGUGUGCACGCAUCUUGCUUUGGAUCCCUCUGUGUCCGACUACCAGCUGCUGCACGGUGUCUCUGAGGCAGCAAAGGUCUACUACAACUACACUGGAAGCUCUUCCUGUCUCAACAUAUCUCAGACAGCGACCGAAAGCCUCGGCCUCCUCGGCUGGUUUUACCAGUCCUGCACCGAGAUGGUGAUGCCCAUGUGCACAGAUGGCGUCCAGGAUAUGUUCGAACCCGAGGAGUGGAACUUCCAGGCCUUUUCUGAUGAGUGCUACACUAUGUUUGGUGUCAGGCCACGAGCUGACUGGGCAGAGACAGUCUACGGGGCCAAGGACAUCGCCUCCCACAGCAACAUCAUCUUCAGUAACGGAGGACUCGACCCGUGGUCAUCUGGUGGAGUGACCUACAACAUAACAGAUACUCUGGUCUCCAUAAUGAUUCCUGACGGCGCCCAUCACUUGGACCUCCGCUACAGCAAUGACAAGGACACACCUCCAGUCCGCGAAGCCCGGGCGUUAGAGGUGAAGUAUUUUCGAGAGUGGAUAAACCAGGCCAAACUGCGUCCACCCCCCAGUCCCUAAAAGAAGCACAAUGUCCCCCAACCGGGAUUAACUAGCUUUAAUUUGCCUGACAUGGUAUUCAACAGGAUGACCUCUGCAUCAUUAUGCCAAAGCGUGUGCCUUUUCUAAUUAAUGUUGGGGAAGAUUUUUUUAACUUUGAAAGAUGACCUUUUUAUAAAUAAAAAAAAAUCAACAACCCUUUUAAUUUUAAUAACCAUGUCAUUAAUCAAAUGGUAGUGUUUUAGAAUCUAAUCAUUUUCUUUGACCUAAACAAGUACACUCCAUUUCUUUAUGCCAAACUUUUAAAUGCCAAAGGGCUAAAGGGGUAUGAGAGAAAAAUGAGUUAUGCUUGUGAUAACAGUGCUGUUGUCCAAAUGUCUUCCUUUGUUAAUUCAUGUAAUCACAUUAUCAUCAUGAAAAGACUGGAUCAUCCUUGUUUUGUUCAUUUUCUUCCAUGAAAAUGUUGCCAAAAAGCCAUUAUGGCCUCUCUGCCUCCAAGCUAGUUUUUUUUUUUUUGUUGUAAGUCGGUGUUACAAUCACAGAUACAUUCAGUAAUUCAAAUCUUUUAUUAAAUUUAUGUCUCCUUGUUUCAUCAAAUUGACAGCCCUUAGGGAUUUGUUGUUGUUGUUGUUGUUGUUGUCACUCAAAACUAUUCGUUUUUUUAAAUGAAUGUACAGUCUGACAUUUUCCAGAAGUCUCAGGAGAAAAGUUUGGCACCAAAUAUAAAAUCAUUGUGUUUGUUUUAAAUAUCCUCUGCACAAAGUCUGCUAUUAAAUUUGAUUUGUUAUUGUUCACAGAA